GAAGUAUCACAUGGCGAAACAGUGGUUGGAGGCACCGUCAUUACAUGGCAGCGUCAAAUGUUUGAAUGGAUGAAUACGCGAACUGAUGGGCUUGUUUUGCUGGCUAAAACCUAUCAAAUGACGAAUCAAGUGACAGUGUUUGUGAAACGAACGCUUGUUCCCUUUGUGAAACGGAUUCAGUACAGGUUCAGCCGUAGCACUAUGGGGGGUUUGACUGGACAUAAAGGGUCCAUUGGAGUCAAAAUUACAUUGCAGAAUAAUGCCUCCGUCGUAUUCGUCGUUAGUCAUUUCAUCCACGAUGUCAUUUCCUACGACAAGCGGAUUGCUCAGUUUCAUGCAAAUAAGAUCUGCACCUUUCCGGAAGACGAUGACGUCAAGGCUGUAUUCUGGUUAGGCGACCUCAACUUUCGGGUUGAGAAAAACCCAGAAGAAGUUACGGAAAUGAUCAAAGCGAAAAAGGAGAAGGAAUUGUUAGAUUCCGACGAGCAACUAAAACGAGCGAUGCGCGAGGAAGAAGCUUUUGCCGAAUUUAGUGAACAACCGUUGAGCUUUCCACCAACAUAUAGGUUUUAUGUUGGCACUACAGAGUAUGAUUUGAAGCGCACUCCUUCUUGGUGUGAUCGAGUUUUGUACAAGGUAUGUUGUAUAUCUUUUCAUAUUUUUGACCAAUGUCAUAGAGGUAUUCUGUGA